CUUUGUGAAUUUGUAACAAAGCUUCUUUCUAAGAUCAUGUAAGACGGAUAUUGUGGGGAGGUUCUGGAUGUUUUUUUGAAUUGUGAUUAUAUGCUUUGUUUCGUGACCUGUGCAAAAUGGUUUGAAAUCUUGUCACUUGUGUUAUGGAUGGCUGCUGCAUACUCAUGUUAUUGCUCUGAAUGGUCAUUUGUAAGCAGGACAUUUCCUGCCUGAACUAGGUGUGUAUUAGUGCGCACCAACUUGGUUGUUUUUCCUCCCCUAAUGGCUCUAUAAGGUAAGCCAGACUAGUUGUGGUUGUGGUUUAGGGUUUGUGCAUUAGAGUUGCUGACCAUGUGUGCUUAUUUGCUUUUCUUGAGUUUAUUAUGUUUGCGUGCAUCAUGUUGACACAGGCCCACAAUGUUUCAAAAAAGUAGGUAAUGAAUGGUUGGUUCUGGUAUAGGCAUCAAGCACUUACUGUAUAUCUUUUGAUAGCUUGCGAUUUAGAAGCAGGAGUUGCACUAUUAUGUGUAGUUUCUGUGUUUAGUUUAUGCAGCUACUAAUUCAAGUGAUACCAUUGAGAGAGAGCUGUGGCCAAAGUUGUUUGAAAAAAACCCCAGAAUAGUUGGAAAGUUAUGGAUUUUCACCUUGAUUAUGGAUGUUUGGGACAGUGUAGAUGUGUUUUUUGUUGAUAUGUUAUGUUACCUUGUAGCUUAAUGCAGUCAGUAAAUACACCACAUGUACUCCAACUGUUGUGCUAUUUUCUUUUUUCCACAAAAUGUGAAAACUACUAGGAUGGCAAGCAUUGUUAGUCUCAGACAAUUAACUUUUCUUCUGUCAAAAUCAGGUGUCUUUUGGAUUGGUGUCUGACCAUUGGUAUUAUCAAAAUUUUAUUUUAACUGAUAAGUUUGAUCCUGUCCUUUUAAAAAACGAGACCCCACUCUCCUGAGUCUCCUCUCCCAUACCAAAUCAGUCAGGGAAACUGGUCCAAUUGCAGUCAUAGCUCCCUUCAAGUUAAACAAGGAACAAGAAUUUAUGAUGGGGAUGAUCAGAACUGAUAAAGUUUCUUGCUCUGAUAGUGGAGAAUUUUAUAUCAUCCUCCAGAAUUUUUCAUCAAAUUUAAUCGUGAAUUUCAACACACUCCAGCACCGAUAAAACUAUUCCUGCAAAAGAAGGAAAGAAAGAAGAAACACAGAAUGAGGAAAAAGAAGGGUUUCACCAGUACCACAGGAAUUUUGGGCAAUCGGACAGAAAGGUACUCAAAGUUUGGAAGUGAUCAAUAAGGACCCCGAACACUCAUAAACAGAUGCUUGGACCCUUUACGACGAAUUUCCGUCACAAUUCAGUUAAAUGAAACCACGUGUUGCUCACAUGACCAUAAAAACCUCCAACAAUGGUCCUUUUAGUCAUCCCUAGCCCCUCCAUUUUCCCUUCAGACUGUACUGCUUUGCUCUUUUUCCCUCUCAAGUUUCCCUCUAAAACUCUUCUCCACCAUUAUUAUCUAUCUUAAACAUCACCACAAAUUGAGAUUUGAGAUCCUUUUCUUCCGAUUUCUUGUAGAACCAUAUCUUAUCUAUGCAUAAAUUAAGCAAUCGAAAUUGGGCAUCAUUCAUAUAUCUGGUUGAAAUAGCACACUUAUGUAUAUGAAUUUCUUGUAUAUGAAAUAGCACACUCAUCUGGUUUAAUAAAUUUCUUAUAGGUCAGAAUCCCUCUUUGACAUGGUAAGUAAACUCUUAUGUACGUGAACUAGGAAAGAUAUAUAUUCCUAUGACUACUGGGAUUAGGAAUAUUGCCUUUAUGGAAAUAACUCAGUUGCCUAUAUAAAGAAGACCUUGGUCCCUUGUCUAGCUAUCGAGAAGCAUACUGGAGAUUAGAGAAUAUCACUCAUUUGGUUAAGCCCCUCCUUCCCGCCCUUGGUUUCCCUGAAGCUGGAGGAUGAUGAACUGCUGGUCCUUCGUUGGCAAAGUGUACGCCAUCCUCACCCUUCAGUUACUCGCCACCAUCGGCAUCGGCGCCACCGUCAGACUGGACCCUUCAAUUUCCCACUUCUUGCUCAAAACCCACGCCGGCAUUGCCGUCUACGUCCUCAUCCUCGUGACGCCCUUUGUCGUGCUGAUCCCAAUGCUUUGUCUCAGACACCUCAAGCCGGUUAACUACUUGUUGGUUGCAAUUUUCACAGUCUCUCUUGCAUUCCAAGUCGGAAUUACUUGUGUUUUCACUCCUGGGAUGGUGAUUUUGGAGUCUGUGUUUUUAACCGCUGUGGUUUUUGUUACUCUCACACUAUACACAUUCUGGGCUGCUUGGAGAGGCUAUGACUUUAGCUUACUAGGACCUUUCCUGUCUGAAGCCUUGCUUUGUCUGGUUAUCUAUGCUUUCAUUCAGAUAUUUUACCCUCUGGGUAAGACCAAGGUGAUGAUAUUUGGGGCCUUGGGAUCCAUUGUUUUCUGCGGCUAUAUCGUAUAUGACACCUACAUGCUGAUUGAGCGCCACUCACAAGACAAUGACUACAUUUUAGCUGCAGUCGGCUUGUACCUGGACAUCCUUAAUCUUUUCAGCUUCCUUAUUGAUUUUCUAAGCGGCUGUGAUAAUGGCUCCUGCGAUUGCUGCAGUGCCGAAUGCUGCGAGUGCCUAGGAGAUAUUGGUGGGGAAUGUUUAGCUUAAUUAACCACUGUUUGGGUUUUGAUUAGGAGGAGAAGCUGUAAAUCCCGAUAUAUAUACCACACGUAGUUAUUGUAAUGUGCUUAUAUUAAUUGCUAGUGCAUGUCAUUUACUCAUUUUUAACUCUGCUUAAUUGGCCUUAACCAUGGAUUUUGAAUUAAUGUAACUAAGCAAGAUAUA